CGUUCGCGUCGUCGCGCGUCGUCAGUCUCGCGCCGAGCGUCGUUCAGCGCGCGUGUAGUCUAUCGUUUAUCGUUGUUUUCAUUGUCGACAGUGGUGUGGUAUCCGACAGCCGCCGUGUGUUGUCGCGUUUUGUUUUCUGGACCGAAUAUUUCCGCGAAAACUCAAAAAACCGCACGGGAGCGGGCGUGCGUGACAGCCCGUGAGCGCGAGUGACACUUCCGGUGAAACGGUAUCGAAAGUACGCCGGCAAUUCGUUUGCGUUCGUCGAUCACGGAUAUCCGAAGAUCGAAGAAAAUGAGACGGGAAAAAAUCGAGUUUGAGGAGGCCUGAACUCCCAUGUUAUUCCCGGAAACACAACGAUGCACUUGCAGGAUGCAAUUGCACCAUUUCCCAUCAUUCCAUUCGCAUGAGUAUUAAGAUUUCUCGAGGUGGUCUAACGGACGUUGAGAUGACUCGAGGAAGAUCAUCACCUCUCGCAUUAAGAGUAUGCAUAGGUACGUUCCUGCUGCUCUUCAGCACCGUCGCAGCUAGCAUAGACGGUUUAGAACGUCCGCCGAUAUUAUCGCUCGACAGAGACUUCGUGUCAAACGCGUCGGAAGCGCCAACAGCCGAAAAGAACAAAGCGAUACCGAACAAAAUCCCACGGGUAGCCGGAGCGGAGGAAUUCGUUCCGCUGGAUAGACGGGAUAAAAGAGACGCGGAGCCGGUGUUUAGCGAGCUUGUUAACGAUGCUAAAGCAGGGGACGGGGAGAAGUUGGCGGUACCGAUCGACAAAGACUUGGAGGAUCAAGGAAUAAGGCCGCGGAACGAAGUCGACGGAUUGCCGGGCUCGGAUUCGAGCGGAGAUAGCUCGAGGUUCGAAGAGACCGCUCGCGAAACUUCGGGAAAGAGUUCGAGCACGAAGACGACUUCCGACGAGACGAACAGAUUGUCCAGGACAAACGAUUUGAUCGUUGCAACCACGAAGCCCGCGUUGGAGGAGCCGAAGCCUGACGAGAAGAGAAACGAAACGAUCCGCGACACGAGCCACCAUGAAGCGAACAAAACCAAUGAAGCAGCUCUGCUCGAGCCGGAACGUGAGGCCGAUGCGCAAGCGAAGCUCGCUAGCUCUUCGGGCGAGUGGAACGUUUCCGCGACGAAAUUGGAAACGAAUAAGCUCGAGGAUCGGUCGACCACGCGCAAAACUCCCUUGCCGGAGAAGCUUCAAGAGAGGACCAAGAAGCCGGAAGACACGAGCCCGGUGAAGAACGGUGAAGUGUCCGACCUGAAGGAAACGGACGAAAACAGGGGGAACAGCGAGCCUAUCUCGUUGAUCAACGACACGUACGUCAACUACAGCCACCAUUCUAAGACCUCGACGGAGAAAAACUCAGGGACCGGCUCGGGAGAGCAGUCGAGAGCCGUCGAGAGCGCCACUAACUUUAUCUCCGAAGAUAGUGCCAUAACUCAGAAGACCAGGGACCCGAAAGAGGACGUGGAGGUAGUCGGGAACGUAACCGAGAUCGAGGUUCAAAGAAUCGAAGACGGACGGUCCGAGAAUUCGACGAAGAACACGCCGGAACUCGACGAAACGAGUGAAAGCCAAAGGUCGAUUCCGAAUUCCACAAGGACUAGCGAGGUCCCCGAGAAGCUUCUGCAAAAGCUAGUGAAACUGACGACGGAGAAACCGAUCCUGGUGACCGCAGAACCGCAGGAGGCUUCUAGUCUAGUCCCCAGAGGCAGGACGAUCGCCUUCUCUGGGAUCAACGAGUUCCCCAACCAAGAAGCCAAGCCUACGCCUACCUCGAGGAUCGACGCGCCAUUCACGAAGAAGGACGCCAGCACCGAGAAGACGGUGGAGCAGAAGCCGUAUCCGUACGUGAAAUCCACCGGCAAGGAAGAGGUCCACAACGGUAGCAAUCAGGUAGACGCUACGACCGAAGAAGCCUCGGCGCUGGAGAACACGAUCGGCAAGGGCCAAGUCGACGCGAAGUUCAUUGUGACCGAGGCGUCGGACGUUCUAGAGAACAGCAUCCAACAGUUCAAGCCGACGUACUACGAGAAAGCUGGCAACGAGUCCUCGACGACGCCGACGACACCGCUGCGCCCGUCGGGGGCAAUUCUAACAACCACCGCGUCUCCGGUGCCCGAGACGACCACGAACCAAUCAACCGACGUGUCCAUCGAUCCGAAGACGAUCGCGAAAACCGAGGAGAAACCCGUGACCACGGGCAACGACGUGCCUCGGUGGAGCGAAGGUCGCGACGCGAUCACGGACAAGGGCAGCUUCGACAUGACUGGCAACGGAAUCACGGAAGUCAGCGUGAAACCGGAGCGUGAAGCCUUCGUCCACGAAGACGUCGUCGAAAUGACGACCGCUUCGCUCUCCACGGUCCAACCGCAAGCGGAGGUCGGCGUGCCUUCGAACCCUGACGUUCAAACGAAAGCUGAGAGCUCUCUGCUGAUCCGCUCGACGCUGAACGCUACGGAGCUCGCAACGACCUAUCCGCUGAUCAAAAGGAAUUCUUCCGAUGCGAAUUUCACGGUCCCGACUGUUUCCGGCCUGGACGCCACGAAAACGCUCGAGAACGUCACCAUGCCACCCACCGUGAUCGACAGGAUCGCCAUCGGGAACGUCACCGAGCCUUCCAGCAGCCUGGACUCGAACGGGACGAACGAGAUCCCGUCAGGCGUCACCAGUCCUCCGAGCACCGACGAGACGCUGCUGCCGUCGACGACGGCGAUCGAGUACGAGUUCGUUGGAUUAACAGAGGCGACCACUUUCCUGAGCCUGAACGUCACCGAUGACUUCCGCGAAGCAACGGAUGACGUGACCACCGUGCCGACAGUACAGGACUUGGCCAAUAGCGGCUUCGACAACGAGACAUCCACGGUGAAGACCGCGACAGUCACGGAGAGCUCUGUUGUCGUCGAGACAGAGACUACCAAUGCUGACGAAAGGUCGUCGCCGGUCACCGACGAGGCGGUUGCGGUAACUACAAUGAACCCGACCACGCAGGCCAGGGAUGACUCGACGGCUCAAGCGAACCUCAUCGAAGAGGAGGUCGCCAGUUCGACUAAGGAGGAUGACAGUCUGAGAACCAGCAGUGCCACGGAUUCGUGGACCACCGUGAGCGACGACGAUACAACCGUUACCGCGAGAACCGACGAGUCCAUAGCUCCAGUUUUUAAAGAUUCCCAGCAUACGAUGAAUGUUACCGAAACGCCAACAGAGUCCACGGUCGCAGCGAGUGUCAGCACGACGGCUGCCACUCCAGUCCCUAGCUCCAGCCCCUUUGUGCCAAUAGGUCCGCGUACCGUGAUCCCACUUUCAAGUACCGCGAUCCCACUUUCAAGUACCGCGGCCACUCCAGUUGCUUCCGGCAUACCCAUGGAGACGACAGAUGACACGAAAAUGUCAUCCGCCUCAAACGAGAUCACCUCGUUGGUGCGCAUCUUCAUGGAGGGCACCUGGAAUGAGAUCUGCCCGAAGAUCGACGCGCUGAAGACGGCACUUGCCAAGCUCCUGUCGUCCGGGACCAAGAGGUCGGUUUCUAAUAAGCAAAUUAUGAUCCAUCGGCAGCCUCCAUGUCCGGAGGUUUCCAACCCUACGCCGACGCCAUCAGAUAUGCCGUCGAUAUUGGUUUACGUCGUUGACGAAAACGGGAGAUUCGACAGCGCCAUGACAACCAGCUUGCCCAGCUUGUACGAGGAGUCCAAAGAAACUGUGAAAUUCCCAUUUAAAAUACACAGCUUUCUUCUGGUACAGGAAACGAUCCAGGAUUCCGGAAAUGCGAUAGCAGUCGUUGUGGUCUCCGUGGUUGCUUUCAUUUGUCUGGUUCUUCUGGCCGGUCUCCUGUUCAUAAUGAGAAAAAGGCAGACGAGAUUCAACUAUGGCGAGCGAUGUCGUCCGGUCUCUCUGGAUGCUUACAGCGUAGACAGUGUCUCCGCGUACAACAGCGUGAGACGCAAAGGGGUAGCUAGGUCUUCGAAAAGGAGUUAUGGGAAUCCGACGUUCGAGGAUUCGAGCGCCAUACCGUCCCACCCUUUGAAUUUUGCCGGGCUUUCAUCUUUCUGUAACGACGUUAACGCAAUCAACGAGGAAUUCUCCAGCAUUCCGCAAAUUUCGGCGAAGAUAGACGAGCUGCCGGCCGGGGCUGAAGUGAAGAACAGAUACGCGAACGUGAUACCACUUCCGGAAACGAGGGUGCCGCUCCAAAAAAUUAACAACGACUCUCUUACGGAAUACAUUAAUGCUAGUUACGUCAGGGGACCAAAGAACGCGAUGAGGUACUAUAUCGCUUGUCAAGCACCAAUGGAGUCGACUGUUACCGACUUCUGGAGAAUGAUCUGGGAGCAGCAGUGCAAAGUGAUCAUCAUGUUAACCGAUCUCGUUGAAAAUGGAGUGGAAAAGUGCACCGAGUACAUUCCACCCUCGGAAAUAACUGAUUGCCACCGGUUGUACGGUGAUUUCCAAGUAACUCUGAAGAAGAGAGAAACCAAAGAGAAAUAUGCCAUUUCCACGCUUCAUUUAAAGAAUUUGGAGAACAACACGUUCCGGGAGGUGUAUCAUAUUUGGUAUUUGUGGCCUGUCAAUGGCGCACAAUCGGACGGAGCAGGCUUGAUAGCCGUGCUCCUUGAGGCGAGGGCCCUCCAAAGGGGUGGCCCCGGACCCAUCGUGGUCCAUUGUAGUCCCGGCACUGGACGCACGGGGACGUUGAUAGCUCUUGACCUAGGAAUUAGACAAUAUGAGAUUACGAGGACUGUGGACGUGCCAAGGGUCGUUUACACUAUCAGACGGGAUCGUGCUGGGGCAGUCCAGACGAAAGAACAAUAUGCAUUCAUUUAUAAGGCACUAAAUUUGUACGCGACCAAACUAGCUGGCGGCGUGUUGGACUCAACGUGAAUAUUGGAAGCCUUCUGCGUCGAAAAGAGAUUAAUGCAGAUCACAUACCCGAGUUGAUGAAGGGUGAAAGAAACAUCACGCGGACGACGAGACGGAGAACGAGAUUAUGAGGCACACGAGAUCGUAGGAUUAUCCACAUAGAAAAUAUUAUGUGAUAAUUGUGCGAAAAAAAGGCGACUUGUGAUACCUGGACCAUUCUGAUGAUCUACUUGGCGGUCUACUUGUCUUUUCCUUUCGUUGGAUGUUCGAAUUCCGUUACAACAUUAUAGACUUAUUAAUUUCAACGGCUUUGUUAACGAAGUGUCACGUGUCGAUUUUCAUGAAACUGAGAGUUUGUCGAAGUAGUAAAUCUUGAAUGUUUUUACUUGAGUAUUCUAUUUCAUGUCUAAAAUUUAUAAAUACUCAGUGGUUGUAAAUAUAACGUCGUUCUGUUUUAUUAUUCUGCACUUUCUAUAUGGACGUGGUCUUGUUAGAUUUUUAAGCACAAUUUAUAUAGCCGAAGGAUUUAUCAAUCAUUGCAAACGGAUAAAUCUGAAAGAUACAAAACGAGUUUUAAAACUCGCAGUGCUUAAUAUUUUAUUCAAUGAAAGAAAUAAAGUUCGACGUUACAAUGUUUGAAUGCAUAAUAAGAUAGAAAUAAUUCAAUUCGCAGCAUUUUAAUAAUCUACUAAAAUAUUUUAUUAAAUAUAUUUUUUUAUUUUACUGAACUAUCUUGUUAAAAAUAUUUUAUCGCAUUUUAAUAAUCUACUUUAAAGUUCUGCAACACAUAUAUCUGUUUUAUGAAUUUAUUCUCAACUGCAAAGUUAUUAUCUUUCAUUGAUUAAUCUUAUUCACGUCUUGAUUACUAUAGUAAAAUAUUCUUUUUGAAAACAUAAAUGCUUUCCUGUAGUUUUAUAAAACAUUGGUUCACAACAUUUCGUAUCCAAUUCCCUUCAAAUUAUAUGAAAGCAGUUUGCAUCCUUUUUGUUUUUAAUUUCAUAACCGAAAGGGGAAGACAAAAAGCAAGGUGUUACCGCAUCCAAAUGAAAAAGACCAGAACUGAGAAACAGAAAUUCAUUUGUGAUAUCCAAAAUAUCUGUCGAUAUUGUUCAGCUUCUCAUUUCUAAAGCCUCCACGAUUUCGUAAAUCUCUUUAUAUAUUGUAGAUUUCGUCUCCUUUGUCAGUAUAUAUGUAUUAUAUGUUAUAUGUAUAUUUAUAAAUAAAGUUAAUUAAGCAUA